UUCUCUCUUAUCCGUAAAGAAGAGCCUCUUGCUACCACGGCCUUGUAAUAAGCUUGGAGGAACUAUUUGGACUCGACCGCCGCAUAAUCCAGAGGAGUCAGGAAGAGAACCCGAAAUAUCUACAUAUAAUUAUCAACCAUUAACCACAGACAUUAAAUUUGUCUCCCGUUCUACCAAAAAAAAACCUAUUGGAGUGUUGGGAUCAAAGUGCAAAUGGUUGAAGUUUGAUAAGACAGGGCACGCUCUGGAACGAAUCGAGGACUCUCUGCCUUAGGCGUUUAAAAUAUACCUGGUGCUUCACGGGCCAUUUCCAUAUUUAUAUACCUACUAGGUACCCCAUUGCUCAUUAAUACCGACGCCAUACGAGAUCCGGUACAUAAGCCGGUUAAAUUUAUAAGAUGUCUGCUCUUACGAUGCCUUCUUCUCCAUACCAUCAUGGAUUUCCUCACGAAUUCUCUUGGCAAGAAUCUUCUGAGUUGUCGUCCAGACCACGCGAGAGAAUCGCACUCCCGUCUAUUCGACAGGCUUUCCCAGAACUUCAACUCCACAUACAACAGGAUAUUCCAGCUAGAACACCACCCUCCGCGACGACUCCUACUGGAAGAUCAUUUAAUACGACAACAACGCCACCAGAAUAUGUUCACUCACAGUCACCGCAGCACCAAAAGAAAAGGCCCCUUGGUGUGGGUAUGGAUCAGUUUGAGUAUAGGGAAGAUCAAGAGACAAAUUCGUUGCCAAGGAUAUCGACUAUCUCACACGAUGACAGUCGUCGACAACUCCCGGUGACAAUACGAAGAGCAAACAUCGAGGCAUGGGAGGAUCCGCACCAUCCUAGCCCUCCUCGCGGAAGGCCUGUGCAAUCUCCCAUAAGCCGGGAAGCAUUCGAACGGCACGAGGGUCGCUCGAACCUACCGAGCUUCCCGAUGUUAAACCUUGUUGGGUCUGAACCACGCCGGCAAGUGAGAAAUGAGGAAUGGAUGAGAGAGUUCAUGAGGAGACCAAGCCUAUCUAGUAAUGGUAGUCACCACACCGAGGGAGGAUCUCCCACAUACCGACCCGAAGGUUUUGGCUACGACCCCCAUCAUCCCAGUCGAGUACAGUCCCUUUCUAUGGGCUCGGUCCAUAAUUAUGAUAGGACGCCGUUUUCUCCAGGACUCUCACCUCGCCCAUACGACCCACAGCAGUACCACGAGAAUUUAAUGCGGAUGCGCGAUUUCAGUAUGGUGAUGAAUGGCGAGGGAAAGCAACGGAAGCGCCGCGGAAAUUUACCAAAGGAGACUACAGACAAAUUGCGCGCUUGGUUUGUCGCCCAUCUUCAACACCCGUACCCGUCAGAGGAGGAAAAGCACGAUUUAAUGAGGCAGACGGGUUUACAAUUAAAUCAGAUAAGUAAUUGGUUUAUCAAUGCGAGGCGACGGCAACUCCCGACCAUGAUUAACAACGCCCGUGCCGAGUCAGAUGCCAUGACAGUGCGUAAUAGCGAUGGCAAGCUGCUACCUUCGACUGAACGAGCGGACUACGAACCCGACUGCAAACCCCUGAGCGACUGCGAUGUAGAAUUAGAGUCUAUGAAGCGACGUAGGAUCAACAACGUUAAUCGCGGUAGCAUAUGAUGGAAAUCAUGCUAUCCCGGAAAAGGGAUGGGGUUGGGGGUUUGAUUGUAUUACUAUGGAUAACGGCAUUUUUAUAUUAUAGAGAGCUGUCAAAGGUCUCGGUCGAAUUCCGAAUCGGACGACUGAUUUAUUUUUUCACGAAUAACGUUUUAAAAAG